CCACCCACCCACCGCCCAAAGACUUUUUCCCGGCUGCUCUAACCCCUACUCUCCCCGCACCCUCCCUCCCUCCUCCCUGACCUCCGCGCCACGCACACGUGGGUGACAGCAUCAUAGAGAGGCAAUGGCGGAAGCGAGCGUGACCCCCAAUCCGGUCAUCAGCGUCAAUGGCACGCCGACCGAAAAGACCGCGGAUGACACUCUGGUGCGGCCUUCGUUGCCUGCGUCCCGCACAGAGUCCUUUCACUCCGCCGUAUCGUCCUUCAAUUCCACCGACGUCAAUGGCGUGUCAAAGGGCGCGUCUACCAAUGAUACCCCCGCCAGCAGCACCAAUGCAUCCGAGCCGGAAGAGGAGGACUUCAAGAUCCCAACCGACGGCCCGUUAAAGGUCCCCAUACCGAAGCCGCUGCCCAAGUCGAAAGUGCCGCCGCAAACACCGCUCACUCCCGACCAAGCAUCGAAGUAUGCCACCGUCCUUGCCAAAGUUUCGACGUGGAAGACGCUGCCUAUGUCGACGGCCAAGAAGGCGACACAAGAACCCCUCACAGAUGGCGAACGCAUGUGGCUCACCCGCGAGUGCCUGUUACGAUAUCUGCGCGCGACCAAGUGGAACGUCAACCAAGCUCUCGUUCGUCUGCAAAGCACACUGACGUGGCGGAGAGAGUAUGGCGCGGACACGUUCACCUUCGACUACAUCUCCCCCGAAAAUGAGACGGGGAAGCAGGUGAUUAUGGGGUACGACAACGACGCCCGGCCGUGCUUAUAUCUCAACCCAGCCAAGCAAAACACGGACAUGUCCGAUCGACAGAUUCACCACCUCUGCUUCAUGCUCGACCGAACGGUGGAUAUGAUGCCUCCCGGGCAGGAGAAUGCGACACUCCUCAUCAACUUCAAGGGUGCUUCGAGCGGGAAAACGCCGACCGUCGGCCAGGCGCGCGCAGUGCUCAACAUCCUGCAAAAUCACAACCCUGAACGUCUAGGCCGAGCUCUGAUCUCUCAACUACCCUGGUAUGUUAGUACCUUCUUCAAGCUGAUCAGCCCGUUCAUCGAUCCGGUGACCCGGGAGAAGAUGAGAUUCAACGAGGAUCUGCGCGAUUAUAUCCCGGCAGAGAACUUGUGGAAUCAUCACGAGGGGGACCUGAAUUUUGAGUACGAUCACAGCGUGUACUGGCCCGCGCUGCAGAAAGACGUGGAGCGUCGGAGGGCGGCGGCAACACAACGAUGGGAGAAGGCCGGCAAGCUGAUUGGGGAGUAUGAAGAGUAUCUCCGUGGCGGAAACCACCGGAGCUUGCAGCAGGAGCUGGAUGCUUACAAGCCCACCCCCGAUCCGACGCCCGAUCGAACGCCGCACGACAGCCAGGCGAAUCUGGUCUCGGGGUUGGAGAAGAUGAAGAUUCAGGAAGCGAAUGCUUGAUUCUCCCGGUUGAUCUUUGGUAUUCUGCACAGCGGUGGCGUUUGUUCGGAUAUUGCAUGCAAAGACGUGGAACUUGGCGUAGAGGAGGCGGUGUUUGUGCCAUUCCGUUUUGCUGGGCUGUCGACUGUACAGCAGGACAUUGUACAUAACCACGAGACGCGACGCUUAUGCUUCAACAGUACAGUGGGAAUAGCGAUGAUUUUAUCAGUCUCGAACCCGCGCUUGAUUAGGUCAGCAUUCAUUCCCCAACAUGAAGCUCCCCACACGCGGAGCGCAAUCGACAACUUGCCUUUCA